ACAGAAAGUAAAUAGAAGCAAGUGGUUGCUGUGGGUGGAGAAAACGAAACUGAUGGACGACUGUUUUUGCAUUUCCUUCUUCAGGCAUUGUUCAUACAAGAUGUGCAGAUUUCUGUCUGUUACUUACAUCCGCUUUAUUUACUAGUUCAAAGCGAACGUUUCAAUCCAGAGGUUUGUUUACUAAUGAUGUCAUCCAAAGAUUCGUUUUCUUCUAAAGCGAAGUGCUUUCGUUUUCCUACCUAUGGGCGUAGAAAUAAACAGCUUACAUCCGGUCAUAAUAGCCACAGUAUCUGUUAUUACAUUAGAGAUUGACCACGAUGAGUUCAACACAAGACACAAGUUUAAAGUCCAGCCUUCUUCAGCUGGAAUGCCAUUUCACCUGGGCUCUGAAUAAAAAUGAUACAGAUCUCACUGAUCUUCUGAACAGGCUAGAAGAACAGCUUAAUCUGGAUCUUGGAAGAGAAGCAGGUGUUGCGCGCACACACAGCUGUAUGGGAUUUGUGAAGUUUCUACUAAGCUCCAAUACUGAGGCUCUCAGCUACUUUGAGAGAUCCGUAGAGCUAACUAAGUCUCAUGGAAAUGAGUGUGACAAGCUGCUUGUUGUUGUCUAUGGAGACCUUGCAUGGUUAUACUAUCAUAUGGGUAAUUUGGCAGAGUGUGAAAGCUACCUGAAUAAACUGAGUGAGAUUAAAGCGAAAUAUCCAUCUGUCCCAUAUGCUGAGGUGCUUGGAGAGAAGGGAUGGACCUUCCUUAAGUUUUCUCGCAAAUAUUAUGAAAGGGCUAAAGAGUGCUUCAAGAAGGCCUUAGAGCUGGAGCCAGAUGAGGGUGAAUGGAAUGCUGGCCUUGCAAUUACUCUUUAUCGGAUAGAGGAUAUUCUCCAAGAUACAUCUGCUUCAACUGCAAUUGAUCAACUUAGACGGGCCAUAGCCACUGAUCCAGAUAAUGAUGUUCUUAAAGUUCUGCUUGGUCUUAAAUUGGCUUCUCACAAGAAGUACAGUGAGGCAGAGAGCCUAGUAGAGCAAGCUUUAGAGAGAUCUCCAGAACAUCCACAUGUGAUUCGAUAUGUUGCAAAGUUUUUGCGGAGUCACGGCUCUGUAGACAGGUCCAUUGCCCUUCUAAAGAGAGCAUUAGAGAAAGUCUCCAACUCAUCCUUCAUACACCAUCAGCUGGGGCUCUGCUAUAAGAAAAAAAUCCAGAAUCUGAAGAAAGCAGGAAGCCACCACACAAAGGGUGCUGAAAUUAAUCGAGCUCAAACGCAGUGCAUUUACCACUUGGAAAUGGCAACUGAAAUGAAGCCCAGCUUCAUCAUUGCUAUGUGUGAACUGGCCCUUCAGUAUGGGUGGAAGCGGGAUCUGUCAAGAGCGGAAGAAAUGUUUCAGAUUACAUUUCAAAAAGCUAAAGAAAAAAAUGAUAACUACCAGUUUGUUCAAAUGUAUUAUGCAAAUUUUCAGCUAUACAGCGUGAGAUGUGAAUCUGCUGCCAUCAAACAUUACAUCGAAUGUCUGAAGAUAAAUCCAAAACGACUUGAAGGGAAGCAAAGUGCUGAACAACUGGAAAGGAUUGCAGAAAGAAGAAUUAAAAACAACCCAAUGGAUGGAGAAGCCUUUGGAAUACUUGGAAUCAUUCACAAGGAAAAAGGAGAAAAGCAACAAGCCAUAGAGUGCUUUGAGACAGCGCUGAGCUUUGUAGAUAAUGAGGAUUACCUCAGUGAUCUUUGUGAACUUAGGCUUUCAUUACAGUAAUAUUAGCAGCAUACAAUAUGAAACCUAGCCGACUAUUUACACAUGCAUGACAUUUAAUGGCAAUAGCAUAGUUUCUGUAAUAAUAUAACUGUGGAUUAAACACUAAGUUAAAGCUUCUCACACUAGGAAACACAGAGUAGCCUACAAACAUGUAUAAGAUUCAAUGGUAACAGCAGUAUAGUAUAUGUAAAAAUACUAUGUAAAUACUGUUGAUUAAGCAAGAUUAGGUUUGUAAUGUGUAGUAUGGUAUUUGAUCAUAAUUAUAUAUAUAGUAGUGGGAGAAGUUUAGUGCUUUACUCACUAUUAAAUUGCAUUUAAUUUAAAUUAAUACCACUUUUUUUUUUAACUGUAACCAAACAUUCAACUGUAUAUGACUAAUAACAAAUAAAUUGUAUGCUUAAAUUA